ACCACUUCCUGGUGCUGUUUGUUGUGGAAAUACCGUGGAACUGAAACAGCCAACUGUACAGAUCAGGAACAAGGAAGACACAUCGCUACUAGCUAGAAUAAAUCUUUGAAGCAUGCGGUAUCAGCGGUAGGUAACAGGCUGAAAGGUUGAACUAGUUACGGACCUCUCGUUGCUUCCUGAACGCAAGCUUGGUCUGGAACAGCAAAGCCGGUGACGCGAGCUGUCGCGAUGUUGUAAACCAUGGACAGCAGAAUAAACGAGUUUCCCGAGAGGACGUUUGAUUUGGUGCUACAGGUUGCAUGCCCAACAUCUGAAAAUGAAGAUCCUACCGUGCAGUGGAGCUUCCCCCAGGACUACACAGACCAGGAGGUUCUCCAGACGGUGCCCAAGUUCUGCUUCCCCUUCGAUGUGGAGAGGGUUUCCCAGAGGCAGGUGGGCCAGAACUUUACCUUUGUGCUGACGGACAUCGAGAGCAAGCAGAGGUUUGGCUUCUGUAGACUCACGUCUGGCUGCCGCGUCUGCAUCUGUCUGCUCAGUUAUCUGCCCUGGUUUGGAGAUCUAUACAAGCUCCUGAACACGCUAGCAGAUUACCUAACCACAAACCAGGAGAAUGAGCUGAAUGACAUGCUGAACUCACUGUACAGUCUGCCGGUGCCAAAGCCUUUCACCCCCGUCAACCUGAGUGUGACAGCACUGUUGCAUAUAGCCACUGGGCAAGUACUGAAAGAUGCACCAAGCCAGCAGCCGCACUCCUACUUCAUAACACCAGAUAUCAACGGCCUGCCCACCAUCCCCGAGAGUAGGAACCUGACAGAGUAUUUUGUGGCGGUGGACGUCAACAACAUGCUACAGCUGUACGCCAGCAUGCUGCACGAACGACGCAUCAUCAUUACCUCAAGCAAGCUUAGCACUUUAACAGCGUGUGUCCACGGUUCAGCUGCCAUGUUGUACCCCAUGUACUGGCAACACAUUUACAUCCCUGUACUGCCUCCACAUCUUCUGGACUACUGCUGUGCCCCCAUGCCAUACCUGGUAGGAGUUCAUCUCAGCCUGCUUGAGAGAGUGCGUAGCAGGUCGUUGGAGGAUGUGGUGAUACUAAACAUUGACACCAACACACUAGAGAGUCCCCAGAAUGACCUGCAGAACCUGCCCAGUGACGUG